AUGGGAACCAUGGCGAAUCCACGGCUCCUACCCAUCGUCCUUCUCUUCCUAUUCGUCGGCUCGUGCUCAGCCUACCUGGCGCCUUCAAUUCUGGCGGAUCGCCGUUCUCUGCUCAACAAACCCACUCCGCCUAAACCCGCACAUGGCCUCGACGCCACCGCUUCUAGCAACGCUCCAGUGACUCCGAAGGCUGUCCCUGCGGAUAAUGAUUCCGAGUCAAGCGAGUCUGCUGCGCCAAAAAACGCGUCACGUGUUCCGUCUGAAGUGAAGGCUGGUCCCGCGCUUCCUCCGCGUGCUCCCGCUCAUCACGUCGACUAUGCUGGAGCGGCGGUCAGUGCGGGGAACGAUGGCCUGGGCACGGGCGCGGCCGGAAAGGGCGCAGCAGGCAAAGGCGUGGCGAGAAAGGGCGCGGCAGGCAAAGGCGCGGCUGAGGUCGCACCGGAAAAUGUGAAGAGCGCACCGAAUAAGGUCGCGGCCAAGGGUGCGGUGGGAACGGUCGCACCGAACAAGGGCGCGGCGGACAAUCACGGCGCAGCAGGCAAGAGCGCGGCUAACAACGGUGCACCAAAGAAGGUCGCAGCCAAGGGUGCGGCGGGAAUGGUAGCACCGAACAAAGGGACGAUGACGACGAACAAGGGCGCGGAGAACAAGGUCCCGGCUAACAAGGGCGUUGAAGGCAAGGGCACGGCGAAGAUGGUGGGCAAGGGUGCGGCUAAAUUGGGCGCUGCGGGCAAGGGGGGGUCAUCCCACGUGCGAAAUGCGCAGCCAGGUGCGGGCGUCGCGACUGCACGUCACAUCAACAACAACCAGCCUGCUGCGAUGAUGGGAGCGGCGAACAACUUGAACAAACCCAACACAAACACGCCAGGCGUGGCGCCUCACAUGGCGACUGCCGAGGACGUGGCGAUCGUUCCCCAGGCGCCAGCGCCGGCGCAUGCGAGUCACAUCGCCAAGAAUCAACCUGCUGCUGCGAUUAUGGAAGCGAGCAGCAACAAACCCCGCGUGCGUCCUCACAUGGCGACUGCCGAGGACGUGGCGGUUGUUCCCCGGGCGCCGGCACCGGUUACUGCCGCGAGUCACAUCGCCAAGAAUCAGCCGGCUGCUGCGACGAUGGGAGCAAGCAGCAACAAUCCUGCUGGGAAAAACGCACAGCACGCCGCCCGUCCUCACAUGGCGACUGCCGAAGACGUGGCGAUCGUUCCCCAGGCGCCGGCACCAGCGCCGACAGCGGCAGGACCUAUGGGAGUGGACAAGAAGGAGGAGAUGCAUGCAGAGGCGUGGAGGAAUGCGGUUGCUGGCGAUGAGGACGAUGAUGAGAAGGACGGCAGUGAUGGUAAUGAUGAUGAGGAUGGCUCGGGGAAUGACGACGGCAACAAUGAGAAGGACGAUGCCAAGGAUGAUGAUGAGAAGGAUGAUGAGAAGGACGAUGAGAAGAGCAGCAGCGAUGAGAAUAGCGAUGGUAAUGGCAAGGACAACAAUGAGAAGGACGACGAAAAGGACGGUCAUGGCAAGGACAAGGACAAUGCCAAGGGCAACAACAACAUGCAGUUGAGCGACAACGACAGGGACAAUGACGAUGAAGAAGGGAAGGACAACGACAACGAUGAUGAGAAGGAGAACGAGAAGGACGGUGAGAAGGACGAUCAUGGCAAGGGCAAGAGCAACUUGUUGCGCGAAAACGGCAGGGACAUCGAUGGGGACAAUGAAAAUGAAAAUGAGAAGGACAGCGACAACGACGCAGUCAGCUGGCAUGGGGGUGAGAGAAGCAGCAAAGGACAGGGAAGAGGCAGGACUCGGGCGAUGAAAGGAGCACCUUCCCGCGUGGCUCGCUUCAGCAACAGCAAUGGCUGGGAGCUUGAGGACAAUCAGCGCACUGGGUUUCACAAGGCACAGCAGUUUCGCACGGCAACAGCCAGGGAUGUGGCCAUAACUCACAGGAGCGGGACUCAGGGCGCGAGCCGUGGUGUGAACCAUCAGCGCACUGGGUUGCACAAGGCGGCGCAGCAGUUUCGCAUGGCAACGAGCAGCGAUGUGGCCAUUCACAGGGGCGGGAGUCAGAGCAGCACUGUGAAGGGAGCAUCCUCCCGCGAGGCUCGCUCCAACGACAACCACGGCUGGGAGUUUCCGAACAAUCAGGGCGCUGAGCUUCACAAGGCACAGCAGUUUCGCAUGGCAACGAGCAGCGAUGUGGCCAUCCUUCACAGGGGUGGGACUCAGGGCAGCACUGUGAAAGCAGCACCCUCCCGCGUGGCUCGCUUCGGCAACAACAAUGGCUGGGAGCUGGAGGACAAUCAGCGCACUGGGUUGCACAAGGCACAGCAGUUUCACAUGGCAACGAGCAGCGAUGUGGCCAUUCACAGGAGCGGGACUCAAGGCGCAAACCGUGGUGUGAGCCAUGGGAGCGGGCUCAAGAGGGCACAGCAGUUUCGCAUGGCAACGAGCAGCGACGUGGCCAUUCACAGGAGCGGGACUCAGGACAGCACCGCCAAGGGCGAACCCUUCCGCGUGGCUCGCUUCAGCAACAAUAACGGCUGGGAGCUGGAGGACAAUCAGCGCACUGGGUUGCACAAGGCACAGCAGUUUCACAUGGCAACGAGCAGCGAUGUGGCCAUUCUUCACAGGGGUGGGACUCAGGGCAGCACUGUGAAAGGAGCACCCUCCCGCGUGUCUCGCUUUGGCAACAAAAACAGCUGGGAGCUGGAGAACAAUCAGCGCACUGGGUUGCGCAAGGCACAGCAGUUCCGCAUGGCAACGAGCAGCGAUGUGGCCAUAACUCACAGGAGCGGACUGCAAGGUGCGAAGCGUGGUGUGAACUAUGGGAGUGGGCUCGGCAGGGCACCGGCAUUUCACAUGGCAACAGCCAGGGAUGUGGCCAUUCACAGGAGCGAAACACGAGGCGCAGAGCGUGGUGUGAACUACAGGAGUGGGCUCGACAAGGCACAGGAGUUUCGUAUGGCAACAGCUAGGGAUGUGACCAUUCACAGGAGCGGGACACAAGGCGCAAACCGUGGUGUGAACUAUGACGAGAGUGAGGGGCAGGGUUCCCUUGCGUUUGCACAAGCUGAGGGCGGCGACUGGGAUGGUAAUUAA